AGCCAAAAAACAGCUGAAAAGGCGCAAUCGGCAGCACUGAUUUCAGCUGACCGAAAAACAAAAUUCGCAAAAAACAAAUUUAAGAAAAAAGUUUCGUAUAACCCCAAACAAAUGGAGUUAGCGGACACCUACUACAGCAAAGAUGAAUACGUGGAGACGGCGUCUGGCAACAAAGUGAGCCGCCACACAGUGCUCUGUGGCUCGCAGAAUAUUGUGCUGAACGGCAAGGUGAUUGUCCAGAGUGGAGCCAUCAUACGCGGCGACUUGGCCAAUGUGCGCGCCGGGCGCUACUGUGUGAUUAGCAAGGAUUCGGUGAUACGACCGCCGUACAAGCAGUUCAGCAAAGGCAUCGCCUUCUUUCCCAUGCACAUGGGCGAUCAUGUGUUUGUGGGCGAGGGCGCCGUGGUGUCUGCGGCCUCAGUUGGCUCCUGCGUUUACAUAGGCAAAAAUGCGAUUAUUGGUCGUCGCUGUGUAAUCAAAGACUGUUGCAUCAUUGAGGAUGGCGCCGUGCUGCCGCCGGAGACGACUGUGUCCAGCUACAUGCGAUACACGGCCAAGGGCACCAUUGAGGGCGGUCAGGGUAAUCCCUACUUUGUGCCUGCCGCCAUGCAGGACGAGAUGAUCAAGUAUACAAAAUCAUUCUAUGAGCAUUUUGUGCGCACUCCGGCACCAGCCAGCUGAACGAUGGGGGAAGGGUGA